GGAGAAGAAAAAGGGGAAGCUAAACAAUUAAGGAAGAGAGGAAGAAGAAAGUUGAUAGACUCGUACGGGAUCGAGCAUCAACAUCGGCGACGCGUUUUAAAGUGCUGUGUAACUCUAUUUGUCUGGUGAUGCGUGAUCGAACGACUUGCCUGCGUCGACCAAGAUCGGAGGCUGCUGUUACUUCUGCUACCACUCCCGGCGGUCCCAUGAGUGAGCUGGUACGAAGAAGAUCAUCGGUCGAUCUUGAUGAUGGGGUGAUGAACGUGGAUCAUGACUCCUUUGGUUUACCGUGAAAAUUAUAUGCGACAGCUUAAGUCGAGAAGCUGAAAACGUUCCGCGUUGGGUCGCGGGAUAACGGAGAAUCGCUACCGCUUCUGUCGCUGCUGCUGCUGCUGCUGCUGCUGCUGCUGCUGCUGCUGCUGCUGCUACUGCUACUGCUACCGUCGCCGCUGUUGCUGCUGCUGCUGUUGCUGUUGCUGCUGCAACUGCUCUGUCGCUGAGUCCGCUUACUGCUCAACUCGUCCGCCGGAAUCGAGCGAGGAUUCUCAUGCACGCCGUGAACUUGCGAGGCAUCCCGCGGUCGAGAGGAGAGAAGGAGCAUGACGUAGUCGUCGGCGAGGGGGGCUCUUGGGAUGCUCCAGACUUCCGGCUAGGGUCGUCAUAUGGAGGGGCAGGACGUAACCACCGCGGACGGCAAUCUGUUUCGAAACUUCACUGUUCACAAUUCCAUCACCGCCAGCCGCGGUACCGGUACCGACGAUUUCUUUCGGGGCUUUCCCGGCAAGAACUCGCCCUACACCACUGCUCAGGCAAUACUCAUCGCCUUGGUGCUCGGCAGCAUCAUCGUCGGCACUGUGAUCGGGAACAUCUUGGUGUGCGUCGCGGUAUUCCUUGUUAGAAAGCUACGUAAACCUUGCAACUACCUGCUGGUCAGCCUGGCGGUCAGUGAUCUUUGCGUAGCCCUUCUGGUGAUGCCGAUGGCGAUGCUGUACGAGAUAUCAGGCAAUUGGUCCUUCGGCUGGAUCAUGUGUGACCUCUGGGUCAGCUUCGAUGUACUCAGUUGCACCGCCAGCAUCCUCAAUCUCUGCAUGAUAUCUGUGGACAGGUACUGGGCGAUCACGAAGCCGCUGAAAUAUGGGGUGAAGAGGACGCCACGACGAAUGAUCGUCUACGUCAGCCUUGUUUGGCUCGGGGCAGCCUGCAUCAGCCUACCGCCUUUGCUGAUAAUGGGGAAUGAGCAUUCGUACACCGAGAACACCGGCGCUUCGCAUUGCGUGGUUUGCCAAAACUUUUUCUAUCAGAUCUACGCUACCCUCGGCAGCUUUUAUUUCCCGCUCAUCGUCAUGAUUCAGGUGUACUGCAAAAUAUUCUGCGCUGCGCGCAGGAUAGUCCUGGACGAGAUAAGAGCGCAGCUUCACCUGGAGGUGCACUGUCAUCUCGAUAUGGAGCCGGCGGCCGCCUCGCAGCAUCCAACGCCCGCCGUCAUGAGCCGUCAAUUAAAUUCCGACAUACAAACAAGUCAAAAUAGUCCACCGGUAAAACAACAUAGAAGUUCCAGCGCAUCCACUACGAUGAGAUCGGAGGUACGUGCCGACACGCAGGAUAAUUUAACAGUGUGCAGCGGCCACGCGGUACGAUGCUUCGCCGGCGGACCGCGCAAGAGCAACGAGUCUCAGUGCCCGAUGCUGCAGAAGGUGGAGCGGCCGAUUCUAUCGACUGCGACGACGCCGUCGAUGAUGACGUCGUCGACGCGGCAAACCACGACGAUCGUACGCAAUCAUCUGAACAGCACAUGCAGCGUGACGAAUUCGCCGCACCAGAAGAAGCUGCGCUUCAACCUCGCGAAGGAGAGGAAGGCUAGCACGACCUUGGGUAUCAUCAUGAGCGCCUUCAUUAUCUGCUGGCUGCCAUUCUUCGUACUGGCGCUGGUACGGCCGUUCCUCAGUGACCCAGACGCGAUUCCUGCCUUCAUUACGAGCCUCUUUCUCUGGCUCGGCUAUUGCAAUAGUCUGCUGAACCCGAUCAUUUACGCCACCCUGAAUCGCGACUUCCGUAAGCCGUUCCGCGAGAUCCUUUACUUCCGCUGCGGCACCCUCAACCACAUGAUGCGCGAGGAGUUCUACCAGAGCCAAUAUGGCGACCCGGUGAACAACUACGAGAUUAAAGCCGGCGAGAGUGCGGAGAGCGCGGAUCGCCUCGAUGAUUAUCACGAAGGCGUUGUCGAAUCGAUGGACGUCGUCGCCGGCGCUGGCGCCGGCACCUGUGGAACCGGCACUCCGAACGAAAGCUUCCUAUGAUCCGAGAAGAGACGUUCCUCGAAGGCGACCGUCGAGGACCGUCACAGUAACAUUCGACACAGACCGCCGUCGUCGUGUUGCAUCGAGCAACUUCACGUAGCGCCUAACGAGAUCCUUCUGUGAUUCUUCAAGGGACGAGUUUCUCUGUUUCUAUCUCGCUGAUCGACGAGAACGCUGUCGACGAGAUGACGAGGACAGUCGUUUCAACAAAACGACCGGGAGGCUGCCAGUUUGAUCGCAGAACGUUUUUAGAGAGAUCCUCCUGUGAACGGUUCCUUGAUCGUUUGUGAUCUUGACAGGCAAACUCUAUCUUCGAGAAGCAUGGCAAUCUCAACCUAAAUUGAAGGUAGCAGUGUGAUUAGAACGCAGGAGACAAAAGUGUGGACCGAGUCGCGCGAUACGAAUCUCAAAGGAGACGAG